AAAACAUUCAGUCCAGUUCCGCCUCUUCAUCCUGCGCCGCCUUCUUUACAACGAACCUUUUCAGAUCUCAUCCACCACUUCUUUUUUUUUCUCUCAUCCCAUUGCUUUCGCGCAGACCCUCUCGUCCUCGAGAUCUUUUGGCAUCGCCCUGAUCUCCCCAUUUAGCUAGAUCUUUGUCCUCUAGCCUUUCCUCGACAUUCUCCUGACCUACCACCACAACAAUCACCAUGGCGGAAGCACAAUCAGGCGUUCCUACCUUCAAGCUCGUCUUGGUCGGUGACGGCGGUACUGGCAAGACCACCUUCGUCAAGCGACAUCUCACGGGUGAAUUCGAAAAGAAGUACAUCGCCACCCUCGGUGUAGAAGUUCACCCUCUAGGUUUCUCAACCAACUUGGGUCAAAUCCAAUUCGAUGUCUGGGAUACCGCCGGUCAAGAAAAGUUCGGUGGUCUGAGAGAUGGCUACUAUAUCAACGGCCAAUGUGGCAUCAUCAUGUUCGACGUCACAUCCAGAAUCACCUACAAGAAUGUACCCAACUGGCACCGUGAUCUCGUCCGCGUCUGCGAAAGCAUCCCCAUCGUCCUCUGCGGUAACAAAGUCGAUGUCAAGGAACGAAAAGUCAAGGCCAAGACAAUCACUUUCCACCGCAAGAAGAACCUCCAGUACUACGAUAUUUCGGCCAAGUCCAACUACAACUUUGAGAAGCCUUUCCUCUGGUUGGCCCGUAAACUGGUCGGCAACCCUCAACUGGAGUUCGUCGCCGCGCCCGCUCUCGCUCCUCCUGAGGUCCAGGUCAACCAAGAAUUGCUCGAUCAAUACCAGAAGGAAAUGACCGAAGCGGCUGCCAUGCCUCUGCCUGACGAGGAGGACCCAGACUUGUAAACGGCACGCACCCUUCCAAAUGGUGUCGGAAGUCACGCCUCUGUCUCUCUUGUUCAAUGGAAUCACGGCGAGGUUAGGAAUUUGGGUUAGCGAGACGAUAAAUCAGAAGGUCGUAGUGAUUUCCCACCAAAGAUGAAGCAGUUUGGGGUUGGGGCAAUAUUUGUUGAGAGAAAGUGCCAGGAAGUCCUUUUUUGCUCGCCAACAUGGACAGCAACAAAAGACUGGGGUGUUGGUCCUGGCUGACGAAGUGAACGAACGACAAUGAGCUUGCUUUUCUCAAGAUAUUACCACCAAGAAAAAAAAAGCAAAGUUGCAUGAUACAGAAAGUUUUUCCCUUUUUGCUCAUUCUACAAUAGGUCUAGACAUCAAUACGAUAGCAUAGCGAGAAUGGAUUCAAUCAACCAAA